AUGCAGAUCGACCCGGCCGCUCUGAGUCGCACCGACUCGGCGUCUAAUGCGGCCAAGAACGCGGCGCCGAAUCCCUCGACGACGGUGAAAUCGUCGCGGUCCCUGCCUUCGGUGCCGCGCCUGGACCUGGAGCAGGCCUAUACCGAGCUGAAAGCCGCCAUCGGGGACAAGUGGGCGGAGUAUAAGGAAUCUACUGCGCUCUUCUUAUUAGGACAUUACAACCAGAAUGAAUACGCGUCGCGGGUCGAUCAUAUGCUAUGCGCCGAUCCGAAAAUCGAACAUCUUCAUAAUAGCUUUGUGUGCGCGAUCAUCGCAAACCUCACCCGCGAUCUGCCCGACCAUGGCGUCGCAACCUGGGUGUCGGCCAACGAUAAGCCGUCGAUGGUCUCCAAGCCUGUCUCUGGCGACGCUGCGGAGCAAAGGUUGAAGACGGAGAUCAUGCAACUGCCUCCAAGGGACCGUCGGAGAAUCAAGGGUAUUCCAGAGCGAGAUCCCAAUGAUACGGUUCCCAAUGAAUUGGAGGAAUACCACCAGGCGAAACAGAUUAAACUCCCGAGCCAAGUCCCCGCGAGCGCGGGCGGACUGAACAAGACAAACUGGGAACUGGAAAUCCGGAAACGAUAUGCGCAACCCCUCGCCGCUGAGACGGGCGAGUUCCCUGACGCCGAAUCCAUCUACGCCCGCAUGGUUCCCAUGUGCUACGAAGAAUCACUCCCUAGUGGCGCCGGCCUGCCGUGCGCAGAGUUCAUGGCCAUCGCCACCGAGACUUUUAUUAAGGAGGUUCUGUCGGGGGUAUUUUCGCGCACGCGCUCUAACGGGCCCUCGGGCACCAUCAACGGUAUGAUGAUGCGCAAGUACCGCCAGCAAUUGGAGCGUGAGGAACUCGCCUAUACCCGCGGCGAAAUCGUAAAGGACACUGCCACCGGAUUGCUCCCCGUCGAGGCCAGGGAGGCUGGUAUCCGCCGGCCCCUGGGGGUCAGGGACCUCCGGCUCACGCUGGAGCUGGGCCGUGGCAUCCUGGGUCAUAUGCCGCUGAUUAUCGACCAGAUUAUGGGCGGGUACUUUGAAGACGAGCUGGAGACGGAAAAGCAGGACCGGCUGGAAAACGAUGUCGGUGAGGUCCAUGAAAUCAAGACCGCGGAUGAUGACGAGAUGGAUCUGGACGAUGAUGAUGCCUUUUCGGACUGGGAAGGAGGCACGACUGUUGAUCGGGAGCAGUUGAGCGGCUUGCUUGACGAGUGUUUGUCGAUGGCUGCUUAG